UCCUCUCUGGUCAUCCACUCCUCAGUCUUCAUCCUCAGAAGCUAGCUUGCUGAACUCGCCACCUCGCCCAAAAAUGGAGGUGGCCGCGGGAGCAGUCGUAGGGGCAUUAGUCGGUAAGCUGAUCAAGCAUGCCAUAGCUACAGAGGAAAAGGUGGUGACCGGACGCGGGCAACCGGACCACCAAGCGCGAAAGCGGCCGGAGGAGAUGUCGCUCAACAGUUACGCGCUCCUUCAGGCGUACGUUUUGAUGGCGGUAACGGGGUUAGGCUACUUGGCGCUCACAUGGUCAACGGUAGUUCUCCUGGGCGGCUUCGUCACCUCGCUGGGGAAGAAGGAUUUUUGGUGCCUCACAAGCAUCAGCAUGGUACAGGCAGCCAGGAUCUUCAACGACUCAGGGGACAACAUGUUUCCUAUAUUUCGGAAGCUAAUGAGAAAACUUGCGAGGAAAGUUUUUGCAAAUCCUGUAGGUGGUUUUAUAAAAAAACUGUUUCCUGAUCCCUUGGUGAACGGUGGAAUUACCAAGCCCAAGGGCCACAGUAUUUUUACAUUUCUAUGGGUACAAGUUUUCCUUGUCAUCGUCCAACUACUAUCCAUGCCGGCCCUGGCUGUGGUUCUAAUUGCAUGGAUCCUUUAUGUGUUUGGGCCCGUCGCCUGCAUUGUGCUCUCACUGUGGCGCCUACGGCAGCAUGAUUAUGGCGACACCGCAGGCGAUGACAGCAAAGCGAACCUGGUGCCAGCACUGAGCAUCUUCUACUGGUUGGCUAUUUGCCAAGGUCUGCUCUUCUUCAUUUGGUGGUUGAUCGAUGUCUCGGCAUUGUGGGUUGUCGUUUCGUUCCGUGAAGAAUGCCAGUUGCCAGAAAAGUGGGGCAGCGUAACAAUUGUAGAUUACCUCUAUGAUACCCGAGCCAAAUGCUGGCGAGACCCUACAUCCAUCGAUGGCAGGAAUUUGAUCAACUAUGCUGUUGAUUUGGUUGACUCGGAAUCACAGAAAGACUAUCUCUCAGGAGCAAGGAUGUUGGACAACUUUAUUAAGCUGGAGGCAGAUGUAAGGUCCCUGCUACUCCCCUCUAGACCAAAGAUUCAGAAGCUGAUCGAUACACUUGGGUGGAGAAGCAGCGACAGAGAACUCAGGGAGGUGGUCGCACGGAUUGUCGCAUACCUUGCUGGUGAUAUUCAUUUCACCCAGUUCCCUGGAGCAACGCAGUGCAUAUCCUCACUGCUCGAUAUCAGCCUUCCGUAUUGGAACAACCAACAAGGACCUGACCAUCACUCAACUUUUAGAAUGUCAGGAAAGGGUACUGGCGGCGCUAAGGGAAGAUUGAUUUCUGUUGUCAAAGGCAUAGAGAAAUACAGAGCAAAAAAAAAUUAGAAACCAAGGUGCUGACAUUCAGCAAGAUGGAGUGGAUAACUCAUCCCAUAGCAGCAAAGGAGAUGGUUGGAAUGAGCUCAUUCUGCAAGGCCUGGCAAUUCUCGAGAGGCUCGCCUUCGAUCAGCACAACUGCAUUGACAUAUACAACGCCCCAGAUCUCAUCACUAAGAUCAUGGCACCCCUGUACUCCGAGACACUAAUCCAAGAUAUCAAUGCAAGUGCAUGGGCCAGUGUAGCGAAUGGAUCGCUUAAAGUGGUGCACAGGCUUAUCCGUGCUCCGGAUUGGAAUGGCAAGCGCUAUGUGGUCAAUUGUAUCUCUUCCAGCAACCAGGCACUGAGCAACCUGACGAGUUUUCUUGAUGAGCGAAACAAUGCUGACAAAGAACUACAGACUAGAGCCAUAGAAAUCCUCACAGAACUGGCUUUUAAUUCGUCGGCCAACCUCAGCACGGAAACAAAAGAAAAUCUAAUCAAGAUGCAGUUACAGAUAUUCCUUCAUGGUGAUAAAGGGGAAAAAGAAGGGGAAACAGAAAAGCUUAGAGUUACGGCUGGGAAAUCACUGGCAUUACUUUCCGAGACGAAAGAAAUUUCUAUGUUCCUCAUGAUGGAAUGGAACAGAAGAACAUUGUUGGUCGUCUCAUUGCCAUACUUGAUGUUACGAAAGACAUUAUUUAUCAUGUCAAUGAAAUACGUAAUGAUAAGAAGAUUUAUCUACUCAAUGAAAGAGAAUUACAUGAUGUUACGAACCACAUGACGUACAGCAUCACAUACAGUACAGUAGCAUUGGAGAUCUUGGAGAAUUUGUGCACUCACUGUACAUUGGACAAGGAUUGUGUUAAGGAAGCUUUGCUGCCAAAGGUCCUCAUGGAAGUACUGGACAGUAGGCGAGACCUCCCUAGAAACGGAAGAAAAAAUUCUUCAUGGGAUAGGUUAUUGCAGAAGCUUGCAAAAAAGGGCAACAGAAUAACGACAAUUUUUAAAACCAAAAAACGUGAAGAAAACCAGGCAAUUUCUAGACCAGAAGAUGAUGAAGAAAACCAGACAAUUUCUGGACCAGGAGACCAUGAAGAAAAUCGACCGGUGCCCAAACGCAGAAGCCAAAUCAACUCACCUGAACAGUCAAAUGAGGAGAAAAAUGCUAAAAGGGAAUUCCAAGAAGCAUUGUUAUCGCUUACUUGGGUGAUGUGUGACAAACUGAUCAAUGCAGGUGACUUCGAUGAUGUAGCUCGAGAGAUUGCCCUCGGAGAAGGUGAAUUUGCGUGGAAGCUUACGGACAUAGUACAAGAGAACUGUGAGGCCACAGCUGAUUGUCUAAGAAUUGUGAAGCUUUGCGGCCAGAUUGCCAUAUUAAUGCUGAAGCGUGGCCAGGACACCGCACAGCUCAAGGAAUGCGUGGACUCAUUGCAAAAGGCUUCAAAGAUCAUGUCUAGCCUUGAAAGCUGCAUGCUCUUUGCAGGGACUGAUUGCGGAGUGAAGAAGACUGCCAGGCCUCUGUGUCUCCUCUCAGAUGUUGCAAAAGAAGCGCGAGAAUUAGUUGAAAUGUGAUAGUUGGCUGGUAUUAAAAUGUGAAUGUAAUUUCUACCCAUGUGCUGUCUAUGUAUCAGGAACAAACAUUCAUGUUUCUUUAGCCCUCCUGACCUGGUGCCUUUUCUCACUUUGAAGCAAUAUUGUAUUGUUGGAAAGCUUGGAAUCUACUGUAUAUCUACUUGUAGAUUGCUCCUGAAUUGGUGUGGCCCCUCAAGGCUUCUUUUUCUCGCCACACAUGUAAACAUAUUGCACGAAAAAAAUUCAUGUGUAUAGAAAAGAUA